UUGCGGCAGCAGGCGGUGCUUUUGCACGACGGGAGAUGGUUUUAGAGUAACCUAGGGGGAUUUUCCGAGGAGAUCGCGAUAAUCUGUCUUGUUGGUGGGCAGUCUUUCUGUCUCACUCACUCUUUCUUUAAGGGGGGGAUAUCUGGGUGUUGCCUGUAUGCGUCGAGAGACAUCGAGAUUCUCGCAGCCCAGACGACCUCUCGGAGGAUCACAUUCACUCUCCGCGCACACUAGCUAGAUAACCGGCCCUGUCUUCCUCUCUGAGGGGAUACCGUUAUAUUGUCUUUCGUGGUCUUCAUAAAGAAAGGAAAUCAGUACUUAAGGAUGGGGGUAGAGGGCUGCACGAAAUGCAUCAAAUACCUGCUUUUUGUCUUCAAUUUCAUUUUCUGGCUGGCAGGAGGUGCCAUCUUAGGCGUGGCGCUGUGGCUCAGACAGGACAGCAAGACCAGCAGCCUCCUCAACCUCAACCUUGAUGGCACCCAGGCGCCCAAUACCUUCUACAUCAGUGUCUACAUAUUGAUUGCCGUGGGCGCUGUGAUGAUGUUUGUGGGGUUCCUGGGUUGCUACGGUGCCAUCCAGGAGUCGCAGUGCCUCCUGGGAACGUUCUUUGCCUGCUUGGUGAUCCUGUUUGCCUGUGAAGUAGCUGCUGGAAUCUGGGGAUUCAUGAACAAGGACACGAUCUCCAAGGAGCUGGUUAACUUCUACGACAGCGCGUAUGAUAAGGGGGCACGUGACAAGCAGGGCAACCCGGGAGCCGCCACAGUGCUGAAGGUGUUCCAUGAGACGCUGGACUGCUGUGGAAAGGGUGACUUGACGGGAAUAGUGGAUCAUUUCAGUGACAUUUGUCCCAAGGGUGCACUUUUCGAAAUUAAACAGAACUGCCACACCAAACUGAACGAGCUGUUCUCCGACAAGCUGUACAUAAUUGGCAUCGCCGCCCUGGUGGUCGCAGUCAUCAUGAUCUUCGAGAUGAUCUUCAGCAUGGUGCUGUGCUGUGGCAUCCGCAACAGCCCGGUGUACUGAGCAGAGAGGGGGAGGGGCCACGUAAAGACACGACUUCUGGAGAUGCCAGUGACCGAAGGAAAAGAUUUCUCUUCCAUUUCAUUUUAUAUUGGCCCACCACUUCCUAAUGUAGUUGCUUACCCAGUUAUCUCAGUCUUACUAAAUACAUUUCUUCUAUAAUGAAUUUUUAAAGAUUCCGGUAGCGUGUCACUGUCGCAGUGUGAUCGUCUGUGUAUUAAUUGGCCCACAGUCUUGGGCAAACGGCCGGUUGAUAAACAUGAAGGACAUUCUGUGACGCACGUAUACACACACAGAGACACCACACGAUAUUUAAUGUACAUGUAAAACCUUUCAUUAAUUUUGUAAUUUCCCGUGUUAAUUGUUAAAGUAGGUAUUGCUCCUGUGCUGAAGUUGAAAACAUGUAUUCUCUGGUUUAUUGUUCUUUUUAUAUGUAGAUAUAUAAACUGUAUAUAUUGGCAGUAUUUUAUCCCUGGCAAGCAUGGACGCAUUGUCGACUUCCCUCGGUUCUUUGCUUGUUGUUCUGUCUGCCUUGUUGUUUGUUUGCUCAGUAACGGCCACUAAGAAACAACUUAAAGAGUGGAAAUAUGUUUGUUGAGAGGAAGGCCAUUAUGAAGUCAGGGUGGGGGAGGGUAGUGGUGUCCUCAGUUUUGGAGACCAAGCAGUGUUUGUGGAGUUUGGGGGGUUUUUUCAAAAGCAUGUUGAUUUGUUGGUCCUGUUUUGUACUAGCUGUCCCAUACAGCUUAAAGCUAUUAUAGCAGUGGGCUCUGACUCAUAACUGUACACAGCUCUAACCACCAGUAAAGUCACUCCAACUUUCCCCUGCCUACAUUCAACAAGUAAAACGAUCUGGGCUUGACUCUUGAUUUCAGCCAGGCAGUCAGUGUGGAGUGAAGGUCGUAGAAUCUGACUUAUGACCUCAGGGUUGCAGAUUUAAGUCUCAAAUGGGACUCUGCAAUAGUACCCUUGAGCAAGGUACAGAAACUGAAGAACUUGUAAGCUAAACAAUUGUAAGGUGAAAUUGUCAGCUCCUGCUUUGCCAAAGGCGCAAUCGUAAAGAAGUAAUGUAAUCAGCUAGAUGCAAUGAAUUCAAAAUGAUUCAUACAUUUGUCAACCUUGAAAAUGCUAAUCAAAUUGGCUUCUUAGAAUGCAAAUCUUCCCCUUCCCACUGCCAGUCACUGUCUAGGAUGUAGGAAAUGUCCUGGCUCUAGUUUGGCUGCCAUGUCACUAAGACCUAAGAUAAAUGAGGGCCUUACAACACAUUUGCCAGGGUUUAUUCAGCCAUGAAGGGAGUUUGUGUGUUUAUCUGUCCUUUUUUCCUGUGGUGAUGCUGUUUGUUCAGGGUU